ACUUGAUAGCUGACAAGAGAACUGUCAAUUUCACAAAGAAGGCUGUGGAAAAGAUGCUUCAGAAGGAACACUGCAGGCUUUUCAUGAAAAGGUACCGCAUCAAGGAUCCCAUCCCAGUUUGCAUUGUUUCAACCUCGGAACUGAAAGUAGAUGUGUAUGGGAAGAGGAUGCUUGACGAUGAAGCUAACAUGGAAUCAAGUGAUGAUGAUGAAACGGUUGGUGGGGACUUGGAGGAGUUGAAAGUCGACUUGUAUGGUAAUAAGAAACUGUCGUGCAAAGAUGACAGCAGCGACCAUAGUAGCAACGAUGAGUCAGAAUCAGAUGAGAGAGGAGGGAGAAUGCAGAGAGAGGACCAAGUAUAUGAAAUUGUCUUGGAUUCCUCGGAUGAGGAGGGCGACGAAGAGCUGUACCGUCCUGUAUUCCCGAAACAAUCUGAGAUGGUAAAGGCUGUCAGAAAACAAACUGCUCCUCCUGCCACAAAAGCAAACAGGGUCUCUAUUGGAAGUGUCAAUAAUAAACUGGAGGCUAAGGAAGGCAACAAUAAAGCAGAAAGUCUGUCGUCCUGCUCAUCCGAUGACAAUGAAGUGGCGUUCACCAUGAAGUUUACGUGAAGGGAG